GCGCUUUAAACCACGUGACCUGAAGCGGAAGUCCUCCGCUCUCUCAAAAUGUCCGCGGCCGGUGAAGACACGUUGCCUCAGGAGGACGAUGAGUUUGAGGACAUGGAGGCAAGUGGAAGCGACGAGGAUGAUAUGGAGAGAGAAGGGCAGAACGGGGAUGGAGAGGGGAAAGUCUAUGUCCCCGGUCUGCAGCCGCUUCAGCCGGGAGAAGAGCUGGAGAUGGACCGCUCCGCUUACCGCAUGUAUCACGAGUGCCAGACCGGUGCCCCAUGUCUGAGUUUUGAUGUGGUGCGUGAUGGUGAAGGAGAAGGACGGGAGCAGUUCCCUCUCUCUAUGAUUCUGUGUGCUGGUACACAGGCGGACACCGCCUUAAGCAACAGGCUUAUUGUCAUGCGCAUGCACAAUCUUCAUGAAACUGACAAAGAUAAAGAUGAAAAUGAAAGCAGUGAUGAAGAAAGUGAUGAUGAUGAGGAGGACGAGGAGAAGAAACCAGAGUUGGAGCUGGCCAUGAUGCCACAUUAUGGUGGGAUCAACAGAGUCCGAGUGACCCAGCGAGGUGAACAGACAUUUGCUGCGCUCUGGUCAGAGAAAGGACAGGUGGAGAUUUUUGACCUCCGACCUCAGCUUGAGGCGGUGCACAGUUCGGCAGCGAUGUCGGCCUUCAUCAAGCAGCAGAAGGAAGCCACGCCUCUUUUCAGUUUUUCUGGUCACAUGUCAGAAGGAUUUGCCAUUGAUUGGUCACCCAAGGUUCCAGGACGCCUGGUAAGCGGCGACUGCAAGAAGAACAUUCAUGUCUGGGAGCCACAGGAGGGUGGGACUUGGAAAGUUGACCAACGGCCUUUCAGCUCACACAGCAAGUCUGUUGAGGACCUGCAGUGGUCACAUACUGAAGCCACAGUUUUUGCGUCCUGCUCAGUGGAUCAGUCCAUUCGUAUUUGGGACAUAAGGGCACCACCUAAUUCCAUGCUCUCUGCCAAUGAGGCUCAUUCUUCAGACAUCAAUGUUAUCAGCUGGAACCGGACUGAACCUUUUAUUUUGUCUGGAGGAGAUGACGGCCUCCUCAAAGUCUGGGAUUUAAGGCAGUUCCAGUCUGGACGUCCAGUGGCCAGUUUUAAGCAGCACAGUGCUCCUGUGACGUCAGUGGAGUGGCACCCUGUUGACUCCAGUGUGUUUGCCGCCUCUGGAGCUGAUGAUGUUGUCAGCCAAUGGGAUCUGUCAGUGGAGUCAUGUGACAUGGGAGAACAGGCAGAGGGCUUAAAACAGCUACCACCACAGCUACUGUUCCUUCACCAGGGCCAGAAAGAAGUGAAGGAGCUCCACUGGCACCCACAGAUUCCUGGAGUUCUCAUUUCCACCGCGCUGUCAGGAUUCAAUAUCUUUAGAACUAUUUCUGUUUAACUGUGUGUGUGUCUGUGUGAGUGAGAGAAGAGAGACAGAGAGAGAGAGUGGACAGUUUCAGGCAGAAAGAAUGUGCAUGUGUAUCAUUUUAAAUGUACAUAGAGGGAUGAUUGGAACAUCUAGGUAUGCAUGACUCAUAUUCAUUUCUGUCACUUUUCUACCCCUUCUGAAACCAAAUUUUCAGCUUCUUGAGGCAGAAUUAAUGUAAUUGUGUGAUGAAUUACAAAUUUGUACUCAUUAAAACUCCAUUCUAAAUCUUC